AUGACUACGAGCAAAGCGAUCGCCUCCCGCUCUGACCCUCGGUUCAUCGUCGACUCGCGCUCCGAUGAAGAACAUGAAGCGGGUUCAUCGAGGUCCGGCUUGAAAGAAGCAUCUAGAGGCACCGACUCCGAAGACAACGAACCUCACGAGGAGGGGGAUGCCUUAGAGGACGGACAAGACGAAGAGUACGGAUUGAUUGAGGGGAUGGAUCCGUCAGGCUUUGCGGGACCCAAAGUUGUAAAACCCUUGACUUCGGAGGCUCUUGCAGCAUUCAACGCGGCUCACGACAGGGCAGGGGUCAUCUACAUAUCUCGGAUCCCACCAGGUAUGCGACCCACGAAAGUUAGACAUCUUAUGAGCCAAUACGGCGAGGUUGGCAGGGUGUAUUUGCAGCAAGAAGAUGCUAAACGUGCCUAUCUCAGGCGAAAGUAUACGUCGACGAAAAAAGCCCAUUUCACUGAGGGAUGGGUGGAAUUCAAAGACAAAAAGGUUGCCCGGUCUAUUGCUGACAUGCUGAAUGCACAACCAAUCGGAGGAAAGAAAGGGACGCGAUGGCGGGACGACAUAUGGACGAUGAAGUACCUUCCAAAAUUCAAGUGGAAUAUGCUCACUGAGCAAGUUGCUCACGAAGCGGCCAUACACACCGCGCGACUACGCGUGGAACUUUCGCAGUCUAAAACAGAGCAGAAAGAAUACCUGAAGAACGUGGAACUUGCACGGGUGUUGGACAAACGCGCCGAGCGGGCACGGCAGGCUGGGAAGGAGAUGAAGAAGCCUGAACCGAAGGAAAGGAAAAGGCAUGUGGACGGCGAGUCUGGGGAGCAACCUCCUCAGAAGAAAAGAAGGCAGAAACCCGCGCCGGACCUUGAGCAAGCCAACGAGCAGCUGAAGAGUGUGUUGGGUAGCAUUUUCUGA